AUGUUUACAUCGGUCAUUUUAGUCGUGCUCUGUUCUCUAGUUAAUGGUCACGAUUCUAAUAACUUGAUUACAUAUAAAUUAAUGUUUUCAGAUUUCUAUCCAACACAAAAACUGUCAGGAAAUGUUAUAAACGUUGACAACAACAACAUCUCUGCAGUCAGUGUUUUAGAAAAUUUGCCCGAACUCCGCAAAGGCAUGUUAAAUAUAACUUACCUCCAUUUUCUUUGCAUAAGUAACGUUAAUUUACAAUACAUGGAGGAAGGAGUUUUUGAUAACCAAAAUAUUACCGUAAUUUCACUUGUGGGUAACAAACUGGCUGAAAUCCAACCAAGAAUAUUCGACAAUCUUCCAAUAAUUUGUUUGGAUUUAAGUGGAAACGUAAUUAACUUCAUCGAGAAGGGAGCAUUUAGAAACAUGUUACGACUGCGCCAGCUAAUAUUAUCCCGAAAUAAGCUUACCCAAAUUAGUUCUAGUUAUUUUAACAAUACUCCCCACAUACAAUAUUUCGACGUCAGUUCCAAUGGGAUAACCAAAAUUGAAGAAGGAAGUUUUAGUUUUUUAAGCGACGAGGAUCUAUUAAUUAUAAUUGACGACAACGCAGUUGAGGAAAUUCAUCCUAGAGGAUUCGAAAACUUGAACAUACUGCAGCUGUCUCUUCGCAAAAAUUCAAUUCGGGACGUACCAGUCGAAUUAUUUACGAAUAACAAAAUUGGGAUAUUAGAGCUGGAUUCUAAUCAAGUAGAAGAGUUUCCGAAUAUUUUUUGUGAAGAGAUUAAUUCAACUGUGAAGACGGUGAGGAUGUAUGAUAAUCCUCUUAAAUGUGAAACUAUGGAAAAAUUGAUCGACUCUGCGGGAAAAUCAGGCGCUUUUUGUUUCUUAGAAGAAGAUAAAGUUGCUAAGUGCCGUCAAAAUUAA